UCGGAUGAUGUCUCAUUCCUUUGCUGGCCUCAUCCAUCUAUUUUUUUUUUUUUUGUCAUCUCUCUGGACAAGCCUGAGAGAGCUUCUUUCUCUUCUUUCCUCCUCCAUUCUUUUUUUCGGCUGUUUCCUCUUCUUCUUCUUUUCUCCAAGUUUUCUCAGGUAAUGAUGGCACUUUGAUCGGAUUUCUCAUUUGAGAUAUUGAAUUUUCUUGCUGAGGGAGGCAUUUCUCCAAGAAUGGGGAGCAGAAUUAAGGAAGACGAACGAAUCGAAAAGGCUGUCCGGAGUUUAUUAAAGCUUCCCGAGAACCGGAGGUGCAUUAAUUGCAAUAGUCUGGGUCCACAAUAUGUCUGUUCAACAUUCUGGACUUUUGUCUGCACAAAUUGCAGUGGAAUCCAUCGAGAAUUUACUCAUCGUGUGAAAUCUGUAUCAAUGGCCAAGUUCACAGCAGAUGAAGUUGGUGCACUUCGUGCAGGAGGAAACGAGCGAGCCAGACAAAUUUAUUUUAAAGAAUGGGAUACGCACCGUGAUGGUUACCCCGAUGGCAGUAAUAUUUUCAAGCUCCGAGAUUUCAUCAGGAAUGUUUAUGUUGACAAAAGAUACUGUAGUGAGAGUAAUGACUCACGCCAGAAAUCGGCUGUCGUAGAAGAUUACAGGGAAAGCAAGAAGGCCAGUGCAAAUUCUCUUGGAUCAAGAAGUUUACACUCUGUGGAUAAAUCUGAAACUGAAAGAUCUAGUGCUGUUGGGAGAAGUGGCAGUGAAUCUCUCAAGUUUUAUUUUGAUGACAAGAACCACAGACAACAACAUGCUACGCAUAAUCCAAGAUCUAGAGGUUUACCAAAGAGUCCUAUUCGCUUUGAGAUUGUUGAUGAUAGGUUUAGAGAUGAUGGAAGUGUUAAGAGAUAUGAUGCACGUAAGGAGUCAAGAGGAAGCUCCAAAUCUCUUGACCUCUCAAGUAACAAAGACAUGCCACGAUUUCCCAUUGUACGACAUACCAGCGAACUCUUAGGGGACAGUGCUCCUCGGUUGCGCGUAAGCAAUGUUGCAAAAAUUGAAAAAAAGAAGGAUCCGGUGAAUAAUCAGAUGACAGAGAAAAUGGAGAGUCCUAGAAGUUUAAUCGAUGAUGAACCAGUUUCAGAACCAUCUGCAUCUCUUAAGACCACUGAAGGGCCAGCUCCUAAUUCUUUGGAGGCUUUGUUGUUUGGACUCUCUGUUCCUUCUGUUGUCCCUGGAACAAACAAAUCUGAACAAUGUAGCACUAGUGAUAUUUCCUCUACUGUUUCUGUAGACAAUUAUCCUGCAGCGAACUUUGGGAUACAGACAAUGCCAAUAACACCAGACAGUGUUACCUCUUUUGUCGCAUCACCUACAAUUGCGCAUGCUCAUGCUGCUUCUCCAAGUCCACUGUUUCCAGUUGCUGCUGAUAACUUGGUUACAAAAGAGACGGCUACACCAAGUGUAGCUACAAAUAACCAGGAACAAUCAGAUAGCACUACCGAACAAUCAACACUGGCUAUCACAAAUUAUGCUCAUGGCGGUGGAUAUGAGCAACAAUAUCAAGAUGAGACACACUCUAGCGUAAGAGAGGCGCUUCCUGAGGACCUUUUCACUGGAGGCUUCUCCUUUGCCCCACAGCAAGCUCAUGGUCAACAUCAUAGCAUGGGAUAUGGCAUGCAAUAUUAUCAAUAUCCUAUGGCUGUGGGAGCCUUACCAUAUACAGCAAAAGCAGCAAAUCCCUUUGAUCUUAGCUAUGAUGACACAGCUCCAAACCAAAUACAACAAUUUCCUUCUAUGGGAUAUGUGCAAGGAGGAGGCUUACCUCACGUGUCAGCUCCAAUAGGGUAUGCAGAUACUUCAAGUCCAGCUGCAGGUUCCAUUGGACUGAUGACCUCUCAGUCACCUUUUCAUACAGCCCCUUUAUCCCCAAACUCUCCAGCUCUUGCAUCCAAUAUUUCCCCUGGUGGACUAAUGGGGCAGCAAUCACAUGUGAAUAUGUCCCAAUCUUUCAGUAGUACUGAAGGAAACACUUUUACGUUUCAUCAAGCAAACAAUGGAUAUCCUUCUGCAAACCCAAAUGCUUAUAUUUCCAGAGGCAAUCCCUUUGAAUGAGAGAGAGCUUGAUUCAGAAAAUUUCUAAAGUUGGGAUAAUUUUUAUGGAAAUUGAAUGAGAGGUACAGAGGUUUCCUGACAUCAUCCGCUGUUGCUUUUUAUCAAAUGUACAUUGAGGUGGAAAGAUAUCUACUUGUAACCAAAAUAUUAUAACUCUUAUGUAUUUAUCUACAUAGCUUAUUCUAAUGGCCAUGGAAUCUUAUAAUUUGCAUGUGUAAGUUGUAA